CUUGCGAUGCCUGGGUAACAGAGCCACCUUCUGCGUCUUGCUGUGCUCUGUUCUCUCCAGCACCUCCCCACUGCCGGUGUCUAGUCAUCUUGCUCCACUAGGAACAAGCCAUCAUGUCUCGCCAGUCAAGUGUGUCCUUCCGGAGCGGGGGCAGCCGUAGCUUCAGCACUGCCUCCGCCAUCACCCCGUCUAUCUCCCGCACCAGUUUCACCACAGUGUCCCGGUCCGGGGGCGGCGGCGGCGGCGGCUUUGGCAGGGUCAGCCUCGGGGGCGCUUGCGGAGUGGGCGGCUUUGGCAGCCGGAGCCUCUACAACCUGGGGAGCUCCAAGAGGAUCUCCUUCAGCGCUGGCGGUGGGGGCUUCAGGAGCCGGUUCGGAGCUGGUGCUGGAGGCGGCUAUGGCUUUGGAGGUGGAGCUGGGAGUGGAUUUGGUUUUGGCGGUGGAGCUGGUGGUGGCUUUGGGCUCGGUGGUGGCGCUGGCUUUGGAGGUGGCUUUGGUGGCCCUGGCUUCCCCGUCUGUCCCCCUGGAGGCAUCCAAGAAGUCACCGUCAACCAGAGUCUUCUGACUCCCCUCAACCUGCAAAUCGACCCCGCCAUCCAGCGGGUGAGGACCGAGGAGCGGGAGCAGAUCAAGACCCUCAAUAACAAGUUUGCCUCCUUCAUCGACAAGGUGCGGUUCCUGGAGCAGCAGAACAAGGUCCUGGACACCAAGUGGACCCUGCUGCAGGAACAGGGCACCAAGACCGUGAGGCAGAACCUGGAGCCUCUGUUUGAGCAGUACAUCAACAACCUCAGGAGGCAGCUGGACGGUAUCCUGGGGGAGAGAGGCCGCCUGGACUCGGAGCUGAGGAACAUGCAGGACCUGGUGGAGGACUUCAAGAACAAGUAUGAGGAUGAAAUCAACAAGCGCACCACCGCCGAGAAUGAGUUUGUGAUGCUGAAAAAGGACGUGGACGCCGCCUACAUGAACAAAGUGGAGCUAGAGGCCAAGGUCGAUGCACUGAUGGAUGAGAUCAACUUCAUGAAGAUGUUCUUUGACGCGGAGCUGUCCCAGAUGCAGACGCAUGUCUCAGACACGUCCGUGGUCCUGUCCAUGGACAACAACCGCUCCCUGGACCUGGACAGCAUCAUUGCUGAGGUCAAGGCCCAGUACGAGGAGAUCGCCAACCGCAGCCGGACAGAAGCCGAGUCCUGGUACCAGACCAAGUACGAGGAGCUGCAGCAGACAGCGGGCCGGCACGGCGAUGAUCUCCGCAACACCAAGCAUGAGAUCUCCGAGAUGAACCGGAUGAUCCAGAGGCUGAGAGCCGAGAUCGACAACGUCAAGAAGCAGUGCGCCAACCUGCAGAACGCCAUCGCUGAUGCCGAGCAGCGUGGGGAGCUGGCCCUCAAAGAUGCCAGGAACAAGCUGGCCGAGCUGGAGGACGCCCUGCAGAAGGCCAAGCAGGACAUGGCCCGGCUGCUGCGCGAGUACCAGGAGCUCAUGAACACCAAGCUUGCCCUGGACGUAGAGAUCGCCACCUACCGCAAGCUGCUGGAGGGCGAGGAGUGCAGACUGAGUGGAGAAGGUGUCGGACCGGUCAACAUCUCCGUUGUCACAAACACCGUCUCUUCUGGCUACGGCGGUGGCAGUGGCUUUGGCGGUGGCCUCGGUGGUGGCCUCGGUGGCGGCCUUGGUGGCGGUCUGGGCGGUGGUCUUGGCGGAAGUGGCGGCGGGAGCUACUACUCCAGCAGCAGCGGGGGAGUGGGCCUAGGCGGCGGGCUCAGCGUGGGGGGCUCUGGCUUCAGCGCUAGCAGUGGCCGCAGCCUGGGCUUUGGCAGCGGCGGGGGCAGCGGCUCCAGCGUCAAAUUUGUCUCCACCACCUCCUCCACCCGGAAGAGCUUCAAGAGCUAAGAGCCUGUAGCAAGUCACUGCCUCCCAAAUGCAGGAGCCAGCCGCGGUGACUGCCUCUUCUAGGGAGUGGCCCAAGCCAAGUCUUCUCUUUUUCUGGAGUGUAGUCAACCAAGUCUGUCACAGACCCACAUUCUUUGGUUUUCAGAACGCUCAACCCCUAGUCUCUAGCCUCCUCUGUCGCGAUUCUAUGCUCUGCUUCAAAUCAGCUUUGGGUCUCCACAGCCUGAUCCUCAGUGACAGAAGAAUCCAAAGUUUUCCGGUCUCUAAACCAUUAAAACAGAGUCCCCAUCCUAAUCCCAUCAGGUCUGACUACCUCCAGAGUGUGUUCAAUAAAGUGCUUUUAUAAUAUAA